CCCUCCAUUCCUUCCACCGCCAAAACUGCCCACCAACACUCACACACACACGCACCGUGGCAGGCUCUAGGUCUCCAGUUGCCCUGUGGGAGCCAGUGGGAGGACCUCUGGGAGAACGCCUCGAGGAGGAUGCAGAAGCCUGGAACCCCGGUUCCCGUGGGUUGCAAUGGCCAAUCUCCAAACCGCCCAAAGAACCGGUUUCCCAUCCAGGGCAAGGAUAUGCGCCGCCUUGGCCUGGCCCUGGGGCCCUGCCUGCACUACCGUCACCCUCAAGUCUUCUCGCUACUGCGCCGCGGUCCCCCCAACCCUCUCGAACAAUGCUCAUCCUGGCUUCCGGGAUCCCUGCUCCACCUCAGCGGGGAGGGGCGGCAUUUCAGUCAUGCCCGCCGCCUCACCUUUGAAAGCAAGCAUGCUUCUUCUCCUUGCUUUGAGGACUUGGAUCUGAACUUGAUCUGA